UCAGAUGGCGUUAUGCAAAGUUUAUUAUCGUCUGCUUUAUAUGAAAAUUUCGAAUACUGUAAUUAGUAUAAUAUUGAUUACUAAAAACGGUAUAAAACAUGGACAAACAAUUAGAAUGGAGAAACGUUUUUAAUCGCCAGCGUGCUCAAUGUAUAGUUUUAGAUGCCGGUUCCGUAACUUUAAAUAUUAUUAGUCAUUUAUGUGAAUGUCUGAAGAACGUCUUGGGUUUGUGUUCACGCUUGAAAGGUUCACCGAGAAUUCCUUGUUUCGCUUUCUUUUUAUUCGGCGCUGAUGUAGUUAAAUCAGUAAUCCCAAUGCAGCCAGUUCAAAGUAAUAAAAAGCUUGUUAAUUUGAUCGACAAUGUUGUAACUGCCUGUCAAGAUAUAUCAACUGGUAAAUGCAGCAGCCAUACUUUUACUAAUCUUUUUCGUCAAAUUAGUAACCAGUAUGAACAAUACUUAGAGGAUACCAAUAAAGAAUGUUGGCAGAGUUUGCAACUAACCUUUAUUACUACACAGAAGGAACAAACAUUUGUGAAACAAAUAGAAAAUACUUAUAAAACUUUGCAGAUAAACAAAAUAAAAAAAAUUCAGGUAAUUGUUUUGAAUCACCUUCAACACCAAGAACUAAUUUCUUCACCAUCUUUAUGGCCAGAUGAAGAAUUUAACUUUAUUGAAAUAUUGAAUUUUGAUUGUGAUCCUUAUCAAUUAGAGAAGCAUUUUAAACAAUGGUUUAAAGAUUACAACACAGAUGUAGAACAUCUACAUCUCAAUAUUUAUCGAUCCGAUUCUGAUAUUUUAAAGAUAAAAUGCGAUUCUCAAGAAUGUCUUAUUAAUCCUGAUGUACUUGGAAACAAUUCAUGUAGAUUAGCUACUGAUAUUGGUAUCACUCAGUUUGUUUCCAAUCAGAACAAAAAUUCAGAUGGAAAAAUACCAAUAUAUCAAUUACAAGUAAUAGCAAUAGUUAAUAGUUCAGGUAUAUGUGAAUCCCUUCUAUAUGGUCAACCAUUGAUUUUAAUUCCAACUCAAUGUUGGAAACUUGAUUGGGAAGAAUUAGAAAACAAUCAACAAAUAUUUAUAACAAUAUGUCAAUUGUUAAAACAAAUAAAUAGUGUUUUAGUUGCCAAGAAGGACAAUCACUUUUGUCAAGGAAUGUCAGAAUUUAAAACUGCAGAUUACUUUUUGUUAUUUCCUUCAGAAAAUAAUUCUUUAUUAAUAANUUUCUACUGUAAAAGAAAUUCUUUUUUUUGGUUUGUUUUGAUGAACUGUUUAACACAAUACAUGAAGCUUAUAUUACUAUUGGUCAUGGUGGAGAACUCAGAUGGCCAUGGAACUGAAUCAUAA